CUCUAUUUGCAUGUGAAAACUAGUAUCCACGCCCUGUUCUGAAUUCCCAGGUCUACUCAUGUAGGGACACUUCCGAGGAAAGUCCUUUGUUACUUUUAGGAGGGGAAAGCACUGCUGCUUCUAGAAGCAUAUGAGAAUAAUUUCAAUUUAUUUAUUUUUUUUGACAUAACAUAGACAUUGAAAAAAGCCACAAUGUACUGGGAAUUUCCAUGAGGAUUUGGCUGUUACUGACAAACCUAAAGAGGGGUGUAGCGUAUCAGUGCACAGAUGGAGUCCCAGCUCUCCCUUCUCUCCUCCCUGAAUGGAGAUCUCCGGCAGGAGGACUUCAUACAGCCCCACUACAAGGAGUCCUACCGGAUAGCUAUCGACACCCUGGUCAGCGAAGGGCAGGAGAAGUACCAGGAGGUCCUCAAGGAAGAGCAAAUUGGUGACUUUCUGUCCGAGCGGGAAAUCCUCUUCAUCAAGGAGCGCACCAGGCUGCCGGUCACCACCAGCAGCCCCAGCGAGGAGGUCAAUGGCUGCCCCGAAAAUACGUCCUCUUCUGGGACAUACUGGCCCAUGAACUCUGACGUGGAGACACCCGACCUGGAUCUGGGUUGGCCUGAGUGCUCGAAGCUGAGCGCGGGCACCAACAUCGAGCUGCUCUUCCACCCGCCCCGGCUCAACAGUCCCACCAUCAAAGAGGUGAUCCGGAAACAGGUUCAGGAUGCUCGGCAGGUGAUUGCCGUUGCAAUGGACAUGUUCACAGAUGCGGAUAUACUCAAAGAGCUCGCUGAUGCCUCAGCAAGGGGAGUCGCAGUUUACAUUCUUCUGGAUGAUUUUGGCCUCCAAAGCUUUCUCACUAUGGCAGAGAAGCAGGACAUCCAGAUACAGAGACUAAGGAACAUGAGAGUGCGCACGGUGAAAGGACAUGAGUACCUCUGCCGAUCUGGAGCUCGAUUUCACGGGGCGAUGGAACAGAAGUUUCUAUUGGUGGACUGCCAGACUGUGCUGUUUGGCUCAUACAGCUUCACAUGGUCAUUUGAGAAGAUCCACCUCAGUAUGGUGCAGGUGAUCACAGGUCAGCUGGUGCAGCUGUAUGACGAGGAGUUCCGGACUCUUUUCGCUCGCUCCACCGUUCCGGCCGUGCUCUGCCCCGCGGAGGGCCGGGCCAAUGGGCACGGCCCGGCGCCGGGGUUCAAGACCCAGUGUGGCCAGGCCUUCGAGAGGAGCGACCAACUGAGGCACACACUGGACACGGUCUACAUGAAGGCCUGCGGAAAAGGGGUGAGGGAGGAGGAGCCGCUCGACAGGCUGCCUGCGGAGCCGAGGCCCGCGUACAACCACGGCGCUAACGGCCGCGGCCGCCCUCAGCACCUGCAGCCCCCUGACGCGCUGGGCUUCCUGAAGAGGCACAGCUAUGCGGGGGAGAGGCAGGAGGCCUCCUUCGUCCCCACCCACCCCAAGUACGGCGCCAGCAACUGGAACGUGUCCGGAGAGGGGGCUCAAUGGCAUGCGACUCCCGGAAGAAACGAACACUUCUCCAGGGGCAUGGGGGACCCCCUGCAGGUGCCCAAGCUGGGACAGGUGUACGGGAGAGGCAACGCCAACUUGCGCCAGUCCUUCCAUGGCAACGACAAGCACAUUCUCUCCAUGCAGCAGAACCUGCCCAGCCUGGACCGCACCACUAAGUCUUUCCUUCGCACCUGGCGGAUCGAGUCGUACCUCAACAACAAAGACGUGCCCUUGGGGGAGUCCACAGACUACCUGGACCAGUACGAGGCGCUGGACAGCAAGCCCAACUCCUACAUGUCCUCACGCCUGCGAUCCUCCAUUAUCUUCACAUCCACCAUCCCCGAGCAGCCGGAGACCAACAGCAACUCGCACAACUCCUCUGGCGCGAUGCCCUUCAACGCGCCCGCCGCCACGCCCUUUUACUCCUCCAUGCAGUGGCAGCCCACCUCGCAGAUGGACAACAGGAUGAGGCAGGACGAGUAUAUGAUGAAGAGGCGGAGCCUGCAGAUUCUGGAAGACCCUCGAAAUAAUCUGGGCAUCCCAGGUCGGGAUGCAUACCAUACCUCAUACACCAGCCUGGGACGUGCCAAGGGGGGUCUGUCGCAGAAAAGCCCGGAUGUCCUCCAAGAGGACAUGUAUAAACGGCACAGUGUGGCUGAUCCCAGGAUGAACAUGCAGUACAGUGGCAGUGAAGAGCCUCUGCCCAGGCAUGGGUACGGCUUGGCAGGGCGGGGCCUGGGUGAGAGACGGGCUCUGGACGACCGAGGGGCUGGAAUGCAGCGUCCGUCCUGCAACCUCAAGGAAGACAAGAGGUCCGUCUCCCACUACAACGUCAAGGAGGCGGAGAUCAAUAGCUUCCAGCCCCAGAUGUGGCAAGAGCCGCCGUCCAGGACCGUGUCGGUUUCGGCCCUCAGCGUGAGCGAGAAGGAACCCCUGCCCAAGUCCCCUAAUCUGGGCUCGCCGCGUUUCUUCAAAAAGAGCACCAAGAAAAUAAAAUCGCUGCUCAACAUACCGGAGAAAAAGGGCAGCUCGUCUCAUAACAAAUCUGGGUCCAACCUGAAAGCAGAAGGCAGCUCGGACACCCUGAUAUCCGAGGACCAGGGACAGGCACCGGGGAAGGAGAGGGGCGUUUACCUCUCCGUGAAGGAAAACCACUUCUCCAGUAAUGCGGGAAAGUCAUCUUCUCCGCGUUUCAGCACAGAGGACCUGGAACAAAACGGCGCCACCCCUUGGCGGGGGACGCACAUGACCAGAGUCCAAAAAGACCAGUCAAGCCUGGGUGUGGAGCCCAGACCCAGAAGCCAGAGAGAGAAUCAUCUGUACACCCGCUUUGAACCUUUCUGUGCCUUGGAGAAGAAGCAACCUCCUUCAGAUCAUUUGAGGAAGCUCACCACCCACGCGCAAGCUUCGGAGAGCUCAAGGACUGUCCUCAGCCACACUAGAGGGAGCCCUCCUGGGGAACUCUACAGCAGCUCAGGGACUCACACACACACAACUCCCCAUGACAAUAAGCUAGGCCGCUUCAUACAGCGCGUGGGACAUUUACUUCAUAAAAAAUAAGUGAGGAGUCAAAUUACCCAGGACAAGCAGAAGGGUUUCUGCGGUGCUAAAAGAGGGAGACAAUUUUGCACCCAGAUUAGGGAAUGCAACAACCACUUUAUCUUCAUAAAAGCCACAUAAAUAUAUUUAUUUUCAGAAUUAUUAAUGUUUACAUUGAGAAAUGAACCAUCCCCGACCCUGCUCCCAGUUUAUUAAAAAAGGAAAACAUAUUUGCUCACAAACCAUACAAACAGCCCAUGGGUUAAAUCUAGUCUACAGUUAGCGGUGAUUCUAUGUAGUUAGUAAUUAAAUCAUUAUUUUUGGAACACUACCAAAUAAGAAGGUAGGGGGACUGGAAUUUGUUUCCUCAGUUUUAGCAGGAUCUCCCAUGGUAUAUGUACAGUAAUACUGCCUUCAGUUAUCUCUGUAGGAGUCAGAGAAAAUAAACCCGAUCUGUGGUGUCUGCAGUUAUGCUUGCACAUCCAGGUGUUUAGUACAGUAGCACCAUUAAUUCAUCUCUGUAGAACUAAUGUUACACUGGAAAUUAGGAUGGGCGCUAUAUGGGUGGAAACAACACACACGCACACAUCUCUAAACCAGAUUUUAAGCAAAACAUUUGAAUAAAUGUCAUUUGAAUAAAUGUUCUUUUGAGAACAAACACGUUGGAUCUCAGCCCAGUUGGUUCACACAUUGUGGAGACACUGCACACUCUCUGAAACAUAUACCCAGCUGUUUUUCUACUGCCACUGCAGGUAGUCGUGUCCUCUGAAGAAAUGAUUAGUGUUUGCUUGCUGUGCAUGUCAUGUAUUUGUUUGUUUUUUUAGCAACACACGUUUAAAGCAAAGAAUGAUGGAAGGCCAGAUGCAUCAUACUUCUCUACCUCUGUAAGUUUAAUUCACAAGGUUUUGGUUUUAAGGUAUUCGUGCUUCAAAAUCCUCCACUGCAAGGAAUGGCCAGUGUAUUAAAGAAUAUUAAAAUAAAUAUUGCAUAAAUACAUUAAAGAAAGAUUGUCAUUGUAUUGUUAACCCUCCUGUUCUGUUCAU